AAGCAAGAAGGCUUCAGUACCAGGCCUCAUCAUGAACAACUACAUGAGCGCGUUCGCUGCGACACCCGAUGUGCCAAAUGGUCGGAAAGGCGGCAAGCAGCCCAGAACAUCCAUGGUCUCCGUGUUCGUCAAAAAACGCGAUCAGCAAGUCCUCCGCUUGCAGGCGGGAGCCGGAGGAGGAAUUCCUGGAAUGUGGGCUCUGGCUCAGGUCCUGAACUGCAUCUCUCAACGCAAAGUUCAUGUCUGCGUCCGGUCUGUGCACAGAAUCCUCCCCGCACUGCCUGUCAGCCCAGACAAAGUUUCCGACAUUCAGGCCACGGCCAGUGGAAUAUUCAGCAAGAAGCCCCUCGUGUCCUGGCUCGCCCCGAACGACGAUGUGCAUUGCGAUGGCACAAGUGACGGCGCGAACACAACGGCGAAGGGCAAAUUGGCAGCAAUGUUGCUAAUAAGGCCCGACGAGAGCACAAAUGUUUGACACCUUCCAGCAGUUAGCGGUAGAAGU